AUGAAGCUUUCCACGUCCAUCUUCGCCAUCGCUCUCGCCGUCUCUGCCGGUGCGGCACCCACCAACGAGGCUCGUGCGGACCCUCCCUACGUUACUCGCUGCGAACAAGGGCGCAUCGUCGAGGAGACUCACCGCGAGGACUUCCCAUGGAUCAAGCAACUCUACUCCCCGUGUAUUGCAGGUGCCGACGCGAAUAACUUCUGGAACCGCAAGGUCUGCGUGGCCGCCGCGGUCGCGAUGGGCCCCAGGACCAUCGUCGACUACGGUGUUUGUGACAAGGCGUCUCUCCCGGAACAGAACAAGUACCCUUACUUGGAUUACGGCGUGUACGCUAGCAUUGUCGGCGAUUGCGCCUACGACUCUCCGGCGUGUGGUAUCACUCGUCAGAACAUCCUCGACCUCGUUUAUGGUCAGCUCAAGACUGUCAAGGCUCAGAUCUACCCCACAAACGUCACCGAGAUGAUCGACGACGUGAUCAGCCCCAUCUUUAGGUGGUCCGGGCGCGAUGCCAUCCCAUACUCGAGCUUCAACAAGUGGCUCCAGAUCUCGGGGUACCCUACCAAGGUCAUCGACGCUACGCAUGACGAUGGCAAGACGUACUACUACGAUCAUGACGAUGACCUGAAGGUCUGA